AAGAGAAGAAGAAGAAGUAAACUAAGCUAGCUAAGCUAACAGGAGGUGUUCCCCUCACAUUCUCACUUGGUGUGGGCUGUAUUCCCUUCCGGUGUACAGCAGUGAUGUGUUCACGCUUCUUUAUACACUUGCUGGCGUGCAGAUAACUUUAGUAGCGCACAGACGUUAAUGCGUAGUUAGCAGUAGCAGGCAUCAGUAUAGCUACAUGCUAACAUUUUUAGCAGCACUCUGAGCUACACACACUCAGGUGGAGCAGGUGAAGGCACACACACCGGGCAGUUCUAUCCAUAACUGAGCAGAGCAGCGUUCAAAGGGCGAUGUGUUCACUGAUUGUCAGGUCAGCUCUCUCCAAAUACCCGAGCAGCUGGCUCGGUCCGGCUGUGGUCAGGGCCAUGUCCUCUUCAGGCGGCCCCCCCUCUCCAUACACCGCCCUGGCCGUCAGCCACCCAGCGGAGUCCGUCACACACGUGGAGCUGCACCGGCCGGAGAAACGCAACGCCAUGAACAGAGCCUUCUGGAGUGAGAUGGUGGACUGCUUCAAUGAGAUCGCAGCGGACCCGGACUGCAGGGUGGUGCUCGUCUCAGGGGCUGGGAAGAUCUUCACAGCUGGAAUCGACCUGAUGGACAUGGCCGGAGACAUCCUCCAACCAGAGGGGGACGACAUGGCCAGAAGGUCGUGGAACAUGAAAAAAAUAAUCACCAAGUACCAAGAGACGUUCAGCGUCAUAGAGAAGUGUCCAAAGCCUGUUGUGGUGGCCAUUCACGGAGCGUGUGUGGGGGGAGGUGUGGACCUGAUCACCGCCUGUGACAUCCGUCUGUGCACGCAGGACGCCUGGUUCCAGGUCAAGGAGGUGGACAUUGGCCUGGCUGCAGAUGUUGGAACUCUCCAGAGACUUCCUAAAGUGAUCGGCAGCCGCAGCCUGGUGAACGAGCUGGCUCUGACUGCCAGGAAGAUGUUCGCUGAUGAAGCCAAGAGCAGCGGCCUGGUCAGCCGAGUGUUUGCAGAUAAGGAGGCGAUGAUGGCCGGAGCUCUGCAGAUGGCGGGGGAGAUCGCCGGCCGCAGCCCUGUGGCUGUGCAGGGCACCAAGAUCAACCUCAUCUACUCCAGAGACCACAGUGUGGCCGAGGGGCUGGACUACAUGGCCAACUGGAACAUGAGCAUGCUUCAGACUGAAGAUGUGAUGAAGUCCGCUCAGGCCUCCAUGGAGAAGAAGAGUCCUAAGACGAUAGCUUUCUCUAAACUCUAAACCUCAUGGAGACACUAUUCAUAACCCGAACGCUGUCGUUUCACACCUCCACUGUGGCCUUUCUGUGGGCAGAGGACCCUCGAGUGUUCCCAGCAGCAUCCACUCAGACCAUUAGAGGGCGGUGUAAUGAGACAGAGGAUUAAACCCACAGUUUGAGGCCUUCGUUUCCAAAGUUCUGCAUUAUUGUUUCUGUAAAAAUCUUUGAAACAGCAUUUGGAUAAUGGGAUACUAUUCUUUUUAUUCAAACUUAACAACUAGAAAGUCAUGAUGUGUCAGAUCGUCCCUCGCUGUUUAAUAGUAACAGCCAGUUUUGUAAUUCUCUAAUUGACUUCAUGAAUGUUUUUUCAACUCAUCUGAAGGGUAGUGUUGACAGAUUCUUUUAACAUCCACCUUGUAUUUCCUUAAAUAUUUAACAACACAAUGGCAAAAAGGAGAUUCAAAUAACUUAAAAUGCUUUAUUGACAAUACUUUUAAAAUAAUUUAAAUUUACACCAUGGAACUAAGUAUACAUUCAAAAUCAUCACAGAGUCUUCUUGGCACGAAGUUUCUCUAAGGUUUUCUGUGAAAAGAUAGUAGAAAAAUACUUUACUCAGAAUUCAGGCAAAUAAAAACAAACUUUGGAGCUUGCAGUUCUGUUAGGAUCACAUUGUCUUUUGAAAACACUCAGAAUUAAAGUGCUUUACCUUGUGGAA